AUGAGCAGCUAUGAUCGUGAGGAUCUAACACCCACACCUCAGCUUCGCUCCCUCCAUCCCUUGAUCCGAAGCCAAGACAAGCUCUCCGUCUUGACCGAGAAAGAGCCUCUCGCGCCGUCUCGUCCGCUCUCGCCCGCCGGGUCUGCCCAGUCUGCCCAGCUCUACGACUCUCCGGCAUCCUUGCUGACAUCUCUCACCAAUUGGACUCAGCCCAGACUUGCUCAGACCAACGGAUUCGCGCAGUCUGUCCUGAAGCGGUCCAAGAGCCGGACUGAAGCGAUGCCGCAGCCCUCGCAGAAGGAGCCGCCGGUGCUCAACGCAGUCAACAGUAUGACGGCUCCCGAGUCCCCCACAGGCCUGAGCAGACCGCUGCGUUCGCCCAGGCGGCCUGCUUCUGUCUCAACCCUGUCAUCGAACGCGAGCCCUCGUGGCGCUACCGCACACUUGCCGCACCUCUCUGCGCCGGACGCGAAAGAUGCGCUCGAUAGCACUGUGGUGCAAUCUCGAGCGGACAAUACUGCAGGUAACGACGUCUUUGCACGCGAGAGCCAGGAAGCGAGGUCGCGCUCGCCCCGUCUGAUCUUGCCAGAUUCUCCAGGGCGCUCUCAGUCGUCUGCCUCGUCAAUCACAUCGGCCGCUGAGAUGACCAUGCCGCUGCCUCCUUCGCGCAGCUAUGACUUGCAUAGCACGAGCGCCGACGCGACCAGGCCAAGGCGAAGUACAGCUUCCAGCACCUCGUCUGCUUACAAUGCGGGCCUGUCUAGUCGCAAUAGCCCCAGACAGAGUCGAGAGUCAUCCGAAAUUCUGCCCGCACUCCAGAUCGCCAAUAUGAGCCUGAGCGGGCGUCAGUCGGACUACCUAGUUGACGCACCUCGACGGCAAUCGACUGGCCGUACAGCAGACUAUGCCGGCUCAGCCGCGAACCGCGUCAGAGCUGGUUCGAGCACGUCCUCGCCCCGUCCGUCUACCGAGACUAUCUUGAACGCACCUUCCCCUUACAAGAGGCGGUCUGCCCUGCCUGACGCCUUCAUCUCAGGGACCUCGAGCCCAAGGCGGUCUCGAGAUUAUUCGCUACCGCCCCACAUGACACCCGUGCAGUCUUCCAAUGGCGCACGAUUUGACUCGACCCGUAGUCGAACGGAUUCGCUUGAUGCGACGCCUUACGUCCCUCUGACCGGGGCAGCCCUUGCCAGACGAGACGCCGAUGCAAUCGCAAAUGCACCGGAUCAGCAAGUCACUGUAUCCGCGAACCUGCUCAACCAACUCGUCGCCCGUGUAGACACGAUCGAGAGGCAGAGCGUGGCAGGUAGCAUUGCCGGCGGUGACACGCGCGCUCGCUUUUCACCGCGCAGCACUCUUGCACGGCGGCCGGAGAACGGCAGACUGCGCGAAGAUGACACGAUGUCGAGCUUCACGUCCAUAUCGAGGAGGCAGCCAUACGAGUCGCCUCGCUCCGAGAAUCGCAGCCGGCAGACACCACUUAGCAGAGCAAGAUCAUCGCUCGGCCGUCAAUCGCCCGCAACGCUGCGAGCACGUCAGCUGCUAGAUCAGACUCUCAGACAGUUCAAGGCACACUUUACAGACCAGCGGCUUUCCGAGGCGCCCGAAACGGUAGCGCUUCUUGCCAAGGUCGAAGAUCUGCUUGGGGGCUUUGAGCGUCUCCAACAAGCCAUCACAUAUAAUGCAGAUCUAGCGCGCGAAGUCAUUUUAGACGACAGCGAUGGCGCUGGACUCGAUCGAGCGAUACAGCAAUCACUGCGACAGAGCGAAGAGCAGCUUCGUUCGUUUUCGGAGCUGCUGCUCAUCCUCAUACGGGCAGACGCGGAGCGUGGUUCCCACUACUCCAGCCUGAAUGCUGGCGGCCCCUUACCGCAAGCCAAUUCGCCUAUCAAUACGCGUACGCGCUCGCGCGUUGGCGAUCUUGCCACUUCGCCAUCAGCUUCGUAUGCUACACCAUCGAGAGCUGACUUGCGUGCGCCACAUGGUGGCAUGUCGAGCCUGCAACGCCAGACAGACAACGCUGUGCCUUCUUCUCAAGCUCCAGAGAGUCUCGCAGAGGCAAUUGCAGCGAGAUAUACCGGGAGAAAGCUGGGGAGCGUGCACAGCCUCGCGUUACCGACCGUGUCGGGACGACAGCGCACAUACGGAGCAGACACAUUUAGCGACAGUGGCGAAGAGUUCUUUGCCAGCUUAUCUGGCACGCCACUCGAUGCGCGGUCAUCUUCCUCGAUCAUGACUCGCCAAUCCAGUCAAGGCUCCUACAGGAGUGCUGGAAUUUGGCAAAGCUUGCAAAAGAUCGAUCGAAGCGUGUGUCGCAGUAUGGUACUACGCCUGUUCUGUGUCGGCCACAUCUUGUCGUCUGUCUGGGCCUUGCCCGCACGUGCUGCGAACGACAAUCAGCUCGGGGAUGUUGCCUUGCAUCGCGGCAAAAUCUGGCCCCCUCUAGGCUACGAGGCAGCGUCCACUUACAUGUUCACAGCAUACUGUGACACCGGCCGAGCUAGCUUCUCAGUCAAUGCGAUGCAGCUGCAGCCUGUUCAGCUCUUUGCCACCGUCCGGUACAACGAGGCACGGCGCGAGACAGAGGUUCCCCAAGUCAAUCGAACCUCGUGCGACGACAAGGCGAGCAUUGACUCCCAUUGCAUCGCAAAAUUGCUUGUCACGGCAACAAAGGUGCCGCUGUCAAGCUCAGAUAUCGAUCUCGACUGCUGCAGAUUUGUACUCUCGGCGACCGUCAAUUAUGGCUUCACCAGUCCUACUGGCGAUCCUGUCACACUGCCGGGACCAGUCAUUGCGACUGUUUACUGGUGCAUAGGGUUGGCACAGCCGAACGAGCACGAGUCUGAUCAUGCCCAACAGCUAUCCUUUCUGGCCAAUCGCCGACGCGAAGCUUGCUGCAGAUUGCGCCAACAAUCUCAAGCCUCAACCGUUGGUGACCAAGUGCCGACUGUUUCGAAAUGA